AUGGAACAGUUUCAAGCGGAAUUCGUAGAGGUGAAGCGAAAACGUGUAUUUGACUUUGAUUCUCAUCCUCGUCGCAAAAUUGCUCUACAAUUUCUGUAUUAUGGCUGGGAGUUUGAAGGUCUCGUACAACAAACGACUUCUGAAAAUACAGUUGAGAAGCAUUUGAUGGACGCCCUCCUCAAAACAAAGCUCAUAACUAGUGAGAAAGAUUGCGACUUCUCUCGAUGUGGUCGAACUGACAAAGGAGUAUCAGCCUUCAAGCAAGUAGCCGCCGUUGUGGUGAGAUCUUCUGAUAUCGACGGAGCGUUCGUUUUCUGGCCCGAAUCAACUGAUAAAAGUGUAAUUGAAAGCUACCCGAAGAAGGAAGAGCUUUCAUACCUCAAGAUGCUAAACGGAGUAUUGCCGAGAAACAUAAGUGUUAUUGCUAUCUCCAUUUUUGUUUUUUUUUUCAGUGGAGAUUGCAUUGAACCGUUGAUCCUGCUUUUUUGCAGU